CACUCUUUUGUUGCCUUGAGUCAGUGUCGCGGCGUAGUGAGUGAGUCCAUAGAACCAGGACUUGUCAAAAUUUAUUAGGAGAAAACAAUGCCGCUUGUUGUUUCAUAACUGUUUUGUGUAACUGACUUUUAAAAAGAAAUUUGGAUUUUUUUGACAUUCAACAUAGAUCUAUCUGACGAAACCGCUAUUUUUUUCAAGUAAUACCACACAACUUAACUCCCGGAAAGAUGUUGUCUAGAUUGUUCCACGCUCAUGGACAAUUUUGUGCCAGUCACCCUUGGGAAGUGCUUGUUGGCACAGUUACGGUCACCAUAUCCUUAAUGUCAAUGAGCCUUUGGGCGACCAACAGCAAAGUUUGUGGCUGGAACUACAAUUGUCCCAAUGAAGAGGAGUUGAAAAGCUCAGACAUGAUUAUUUUGUCACUGACUCGAUGUCUCGCCAUCAUUUACAUUUACCUGCAGUUUAGAAACUUGAGGAAACUGGGAUCAAAGUAUUUAUUGGGUUUAGCUGGAGUUUUCACAAUAUUUUCAAGUUUCAUCUUCAGUAUUGCCUUUGCCAAUCUAAUUGGAUUUAAUUUGGAUGGGCUCAACGAAGCGCUCCCUUUCUUCCUGUUGCUGAUUGACCUGUCAAAGGCUAGUGCCCUGGCCCGCCUGUCACUUACAGCUGUCAGUCAAGAUGAACUACAAAAGAACAUAGGGAGAGGAAUGGCUAUUAUAGGACCAGCUCUCACAUUAGAUGCCAUCGUUGAAACUCUUGCUAUUGGAGUUGGCACCCUCUCAGGAGUGAGACAGCUGGAGACGAUGUGCUGCUUCGGCUGCCUCUCUGUCAUUGCCAAUUACUUAGCAUUUAUGACUUUUUAUCCCGCCUGCCUGUCCCUAAUUCUUGAGGUGUCACGUGAUCGCAACCAGGGCAAGCCUCUGAUGCAAUUGCAACAGCUCGCCAAAGUAUUACAGAAGGAAGAAGAAGUGAAGAAAUCCAAUCCUGUUACACAGAGGGUGAAAAUCAUCAUGUCAGCAGGACUUGUUCUUGUCCACGCUCACAGCCGCUUCAUCGCAGAAAACAGCGUGCCAGUCAGUCCUGGUGGUCAAAGUGCAGGUUCUUUGGAGAACAUUGAGGACCACAGGAUUCAGCCAGAAAUCCCUCUGUGGCAGUUCUAUGUUGCAAGGUUCCUCACUGCUAAGUUGGACUAUGGUCUGACUUUGGCAUUAGCUGUUGCCCUGACCCUCAAGUACGUUCUCUUUGACGACAAAGUGGAUAAAGAGGUUCAAGAACUGCUGAAAGCUCAGAACGACAAAGAGAACCGGAAUCUACCAAACGGUAUAUCAGAGAAAAAGAUCCAGCCUGUCUUGAAGAUGCCUGCCGAAGAAAAAAUGGAGGUUACCUCUAAUGGCAUCAGCCAUAAAGCGCCGACUCCUUCUCCUGACUUUAAGCCUGCAUCGUUCUUCCUGGGCAACCAAGAAGAUGAGAACAGUAGCAGCAGCGAUGAAGAGAACAAGAGCAACGGGAGCGUACAGAAGGUCAAGACUCACAACAUGGAGACCCAGACAGACGACGUGACUGAGGCAGGGACUGCAGGGGCUGCAGGGGCCCUCGUGCCCCAAACCGAGUCAGAGAUGGAGUACUCGCCCGCAUUUUCCGAACAGCCACCCAGACCGCUUGAGGAAUGUGUCUCUAUUCUCAACUCAGAUGCUGGUCCAGAAGCACUGACAGACGAGGAAGUACAGAUGCUGGUUGCAUCUCGUCACAUCCCUUCUUACAAGCUGGAGAGUAUGCUUGCCAACCACAUCAGAGGUGUUGCUAUCAGGAGACAGAUGCUGUCUAAGCAGUUGCAGGUGAAAAAUGCCCUGGACACACUGCCCUUCAUGCACUAUGAUUACAAAUAUGUUGAAGGUGCUUGCUGUGAGAACGUGAUUGGUUACAUGCCCGUUCCAGUUGGAGUUGCUGGACCUUUGCUUUUGGACGGAGUGUCGUACCAAGUUCCCAUGGCAACCACAGAGGGGUGUUUGGUUGCUAGUACAAACAGAGGUUGCAGAGCUUUAGAGCAAAGUGGUGGAGUUUCUAGCAGUAUCACAAAUGAUGGAAUGACGCGAGGUCCUGUGGUCCGAUUCCCAACGGCAGUCAGAGCAAGUGAAAUUAAAAAGUGGCUGGAGACUCCAGACAACUUUGAUCUGGUCAAAGAAUGCUUUGAUACCACAAGCAGAUUUGCUAGACUGAAGAAAGUCCACAUUGGCCAAGCGGGGCGAAGCUUGUACAUUCGGUUUGUGUCAAUUACAGGAGAUGCCAUGGGCAUGAACAUGUUGUCUAAGGGCUCUGAGAAAGCUUUGAAUUUUCUGACUGAAAAGUUUCCCGACAUGGAAAUCAUCAGUCUGAGUGGAAACUACUGUACAGACAAGAAGCCAGCAGCUAUUAACUGGAUCGAGGGCAGAGGCAAGUCUGUAGUGUGUGAGGCCAUUGUGAAGUCGACUGUGGUGAAGAACACAUUGAAAACUACUGUGGCAGCUUUGGUGGAGCUGAAUGUCAGUAAAAAUCUGGUUGGGUCUGCGAUGGCUGGCAGCAUCGGAGGGUUUAAUGCCCAUGCCUCCAACAUUGUCACAGCCAUUUACAUUGCUGCAGGCCAGGACCCAGCACAGAACAUUUCCAGCUCAAACUGCAUCUUGUUGAUGGAACCCUCCGGUCCUUUUAAUGACGAUCUGCACAUCUCCUGCACCAUGCCUUCCAUUGAGGUGGGCACAGUCGGGGGCGGAACCAUUCUUCCUCCUCAAGCAGCCUGUCUCAACAUGCUGGGUGUGAAAGGCUCCAAUGCAGAGAACCCCGGGGAUAACGCCCGCCGUCUGGCAUCCAUCAUCUGCGCUACCGUGAUGGCCGGAGAACUCUCACUCAUGUCUGCCCUGGCUGCGGGCCACUUGGUCAAAUCUCAUCUCAAGCACAACAGAUCAACUCUGAAUAUGAGCCCAGGUGCUGCAAAACCAGCUGAUACUCCCUAAAUGCAUCAUGCAGCAACAGUUCCCGUCAUGUGUCCAGAUAAAGCACUACCGUAAUACGGAAAUCUUCUUAUUGUUUGGAUUUGGAAUCCUUAUCUUUAUUAUCUGGCUUGAUCUGGUAUUAAAUCUGAACAUUUGGGAACUGCAACGCCUGCAUGCAUAUGCCGAUGGAAACAGAAUCGGAUAUGACCUUUAUUAACACAUGUGCAAAGUGUCGCAGAUAAGAAACGGGAGAUGUUAGGAUCCACCAAGUGACAUUUGUAGUGGUGUCUAGGUUUUCUACUUUGAUAAACACUGUGUUAGCUGUGCUCUUUGUAAGCUUUCUGCCUUCCCUCUCUUGGGUUUCACAUCCAUCAUUGAGAAGGGAAUGGUCUCCACUUUGAUGUUGCUUUUUGUCAGCUACCUGUAUACUUUCAUGUUGGUGAUAAAUGCUUCUAGUGCAUGCAAUAGGCUGUGGUUUUCAAAAUCUGGGGUAACCUGUUCUGUCUUUUUGACAUUGUCAUGGGGUAGCUGUAGUCCUUUAGCUUGCGUUUGUGGGGUAGAAUUAUAUGCAUCCCAGUUUUAUGGCUCCAAAUGUCCUAAUUGUAUAGAACUAUAGACACCUUAAUUGUAUAAAGCUGGCUAUACAGGGCCAUUGCGGGUUAGAAACAACCACAGAGCUUCUGCCUUGAGUCCCAUGUAAUAGCAGUUUAGUUUCUUAUAUGUAUGAAGUACAGAUAUGUGAAAAGUUUGAAUCACCGAAAUGAGCUUGGUUGUCUGUUUUAACUUACUCUGAGUAUUAUUGUGAAGCAUUAUAAUUUUAAUGGAGUGUUUUAUCUAAUGUAAUAUGGGACCAUGCCCGUUUUGAAUUGUCCGUGCGGCAUAGUUUGUGCUCUUGAAAUUAUCAAUUUCUGUCUCCUUAAUCAAGAAGUUCUUACUCUGAUGUAGAGGGUAACAGCUAAUAGUAAUAGCUUGGCCUAUCUACCUGAAAGUUCCAGUGUCAUGUCACGACUGUUGACUUCUAUCUCCCGCAUGGGUACCUUCAAAAUAUUGGUAACAAAGCUUUAGAUUUUGGGUUUUUAGGCUGUUUUCCUGACCUAGUGAAAGCUGGUGAGGAAGAAGACUAUGAGACUUUUGUGCCAGCUCUGUGCUGUGCCAUCUUUGAUGAGUACUUUCUUUAGAAAUGUGGUUUCUAUGAGGGAACAAUUUUGUGAUGUAAAGUUAGCCUAGGUUUUGUAAUCAUGGUGGAAAGUGGAAAGAAAUUAUAGCGUUUUCCAUGCCGCAGGUGUAUGUAUUUAUAGAUCUUUAUAUCAUUCUAAAGAUCUUAUUGCAGAGCUGGGCCACUGCCCAAACCUGAUAAUGAUGCCAUAGCUGGAAGUGUUGUGUGCUUUCAGUUCUGUGAUCUAUGAAAUACACGCAGUCUGUCUGACAAGGACAUGGUCUCUUGGAACUUUUUUUGUGUGUGUGUUGGAUGAAAGACCGAUGUCAGUGGAUUGGCUUUCUUGUGUGUACACGUCUAGUCUCCAUAUUCAGUGUAAUGACAUUUCCUUGUUUCUGUCCAGCUUCACUCUUUUAAUUUGUGUACUUAUGAUGUAUGUGAUACUUUACUAUAUAUAUAUAAUUUUGUUAUGUGUUACUCUUUGAAAUUUUUGGUUGCAUUGGUAUGAUGUCAGUGUUUCUAUAUCAUGGUUUUAUAAAUUUCUUCUUUUUUUUUUUUUUGUUGUUUUUUUUGUUUCCUGCUUCUGGGGUUUAUUUCCAUGAAUGAAAUAAGUCGUUUAAUUUCUUUUGUCUCUUUACAUACUUUUGUGUGACUUGCGAAGAUGAGCUGGAGUACUUACAUUUGGUUUGGUUACGCUUGAGCUAGCCGGUUUUUUAUUUAAUGUCCUUAAAAUAUGCCUGAUUGUUACAGAGAAAAUCAAUACAUUAAAGAGAUGGCUAGACUUAUCAAAAGAAAAUUAAUGAACUGAGAAAUCAGCUAUGCAGUUUAUUGCUGUUUAGACAUGAAAAAUUAUAAAUAGAGUUACUUUGAAGAGCAACUUCUACCUGAGCACAUGCUUGUGUAUGCUGAUUUUAAGUGCUCACGUUUGAAUUGGAAGAUAUAUAUAUAUACUCUCUCUACGGACAAACUAGUGGCAAAGUAACUUUUAUUUCCGAGAUUGUUCAUUUUCCGACCUUAUGUUUUAGGCAUGUUUUCGUUCAUCCUAAAAAAGAAAGGUCGUAUUAACUGUAUGGUCGAUUUUGUGCUGUAUUGAAUACUGUUACAUGUCCAUUUUUUUGUGUGUGUAAUAAGGUCUUGAAAAUAUUAAACAGGAAAAUCCUUUUGUGAGAAAUGAGGAAAAAAACUAAAGUAAGUGGGUGGACUUGAAUUUAUUUUGGUUGUUUGUAAUUCACUUUUAAAAGUGAUAUGUCAAUAGCAUACUUACUUGAAGUAUUUCAUAUUUAUUUUAUUACUCUUCUCAAGUUUUUGCUUUUUUCAUCACUUACUUUAAGUAAAAAAUUUGUGCAAGUUAAGAUUCAAUGAAAUUAAAUGAGUUACAGCAAAAUUACUGUUGCUUUUUGCUCAAAAGUCUUGCUGGAAUGAUGUUAUGUCCUAUCACUGGGACAGAACUGAAAAGCAAGCUGAGUGCUUUCACUCACCUUUAAUUUUAUCUCAAAUGUCUCUAUAUUUAUUUCAACUUCGCUUAUUUAGAAUCAUUUCUAAUAAGUUUGGCCAGUGCCAUGUUUUUGUACAUCAUGAUUACCGUUUUUGAUACAGCAAUGAUCUGUUCACAGUCUUGACAGCUGUGCUACCGUUGUGUAAACGUGCACACCUUAUCCAUCUCCCAUUUUGUGACUGUGUAUGGUUAUUUAUCUUCAAGCCAUGAUUGGAAUGAAUGAUUGUCUGUCUUUUCCAAAGGCAGGCAGGAUGAGAAGACGUGUUUGUCAGUCUUCAAACCAUAAUGGGAAGGUUAGAUUGCCAGUCUGUGUGGCAUGACUGAUAAGGCAUUACUAUAAGUCUUCAUGCCAUGAUUGAGUUGCGAAGAUUUGGUAGCAGCAAUCAGUAACGGUGUAUGAAGUGAUUUUAAGGAAGUUUCUAGACUACAGUGUGCCCUACGCCACAGUUAUUGACCACAAGACAUGUAAGAAAAUUUGAUAAUGAAUGGGAAAUAUCGACAGUAAAGAAACAGAAAGUUGUAAAUGGUUUGAAGAUUUGUGUGACACCCUUGUUGGUUUAUCCGGUGUUGGAACAUAUCAAAAUGUUCAUUUCAGUCAGUAUAUUUAUGGUUCUAAUCAGAUGGUCUUAAGCUACUUCUCAGUAGUUGACUUCUGAGUUAUUGAAUGUCAGUGCUAAUUACACAUGACAUAUUGGUUUUGAUAAUUUAUUUACCUAUGUUAUGUGAGGUAGCCAUUUGAGCUUUCUGAAAAAGUAGCAGUGCCCUCAUUUGGCUUUCUCUUGAAAACUUGUUUUUGAGGAAUUAAAGAAGAAAUUAUUUGGAAAUAAGAUUUAAAAAAUAAACAAAAUAAACAGGACAACACUAAUUGGCUGGUUUUGUGUUGAUAUGGGCAUAAAAACACCUACAUAAAAACCAAAAAAAAUUCUCGAUCUUAUUCCUCUUUCGUCAUUUUUUGAUUUUGAUGAUAACUUUUCAAAGGUUUCAAAUAUGUGGGGUCUUGGAAAAUCUGUCCCCAAACUUAGUCUACGUUCUGUGUAAUUUGUUAAUUUGUCCUUGUGUUGUGAACUAGCAGUGAGCUGACAUACACCGGCCAUUGCUUGGCUGCAGUUUUCGGUGAGUCAGUGCAAAAGCACCAUAUAUUGGGCAGUAUGUGAACUGUUUUUGGUGACACCGACCAAUGAAGGAGAAGUGCUUGUUCACAUAUUUCUGUUCUUUGAGUUGACUGUGAUGAGAUUUAAAUUGUUUUGAAAAUUUUUGUUUUAGGGUAGUUAUAAAAGAACAUAAAGAACUAACAUUUUCCGAUAUUCUACUUGUCAAUCUCCUUAAUCUUGAUUUUUGGUGUAAGAAAAUACCAAGAGCUUCUUGUCAAUUUCUUUUUGAGCCAGCUUCAAAUAUUAUUAUAGUACCUAAUUCUGUUUUGUUAAUCUCCGUGUGUUAAUUAUGGGUUUUGAAAUGAGAAGCCCCUUUGUAAAGUCAGUAUUGCCACUUGUAGUAAGCGUUUGUGAUGGACACAAGAAAGCACAAAACAAAAAUGCAGCCCCUUUGAUUCCUGCUUCUGAGUUUGAUUUAAAAAAAUGAAGUGAUGUCUUUUUGAUAUUUUCUGACCUGAUGGGGGCUGUCUUGCUACGGAACCAACCACAGAUUUUCUUUGUUCUGAAUUCUGAGUGUAUUCUGAUAUUAUGGGCAUCUACUCUGGGCUUCUCUGUCAAUUUUUUUUCUUGUCAUAGAAUAUGUGUUGCCUACUUUAUCCUUUUGUAUUCCUUUUUAUUUUAAAUUCAUUUUCCUGCCCAUUUUAGCAAUUCUACCAAAGAUUCUUAACAGUCUUUCCUCUGUACUCUAGAAUACUGUUUAAUGCAGCUGCUUUAACUGUUUGUGGUUGGGAAACCAAGCAGAGAGGUUUCUCCUACCUGUUUCUAUCUGUCUAUAUACCUAUGUACCUAUCCCUCUGUCACUCUUUAACUGGUCCUGUCGCCAUCAUUUUUAAUACUUUUUUAAUAGCUGAGGGCAGAUGUAAUGCUUUGAAAAUUUCAGGGGCCGUUUUUUGUUUUUGGUUGUUUUUUUGUUGUUGCCAAACUGAAGUUGAUGUGUGGGUGCUUAGUAUAAUUUAAAGUUUUAGGUUUUUUUGAAAGAAGAUACUCAUGUUUUGUCAUUAUUGAAGGUAAAUUGACUUGAGGCACCCUCGAGCUCUGAUUACCGUGAGUGAUAGCAGAUGUAAUGCCAAGGACUAGUCACAGUGGAUUUUGAUACCAUCUGUAGUUUCUGUUCAGCUUAGCUUUCUCCUGCAUCCGACAGGCCUUGUCCUAUUAUUUCUUUGAUAGGGGAUGAUCUCAUCAGCCAUCUUUUCUGUUUCUCAGUAGAUUGAAACUAAUUAAGGUUCAUCCCUUUUUCAGGCUCUUAUGGGGUUGCCUGCUUUAUCUGUUUUCAAUUUGAGAGUAACGUUUUUUGUUUUUGAGCCACAAUUUUAAUCAGUUGAAUCUUUCAUGUCCUUGCAGUGCCAAUAGUAAGUAGCAAUAUAUGUGGCUAACCCUAACACUGACGAUAUGUUUAAAUUGAUAGGAACUUUCUGCAGAAACAACUUGUGGAGUUAUUAUUAUUAUUUGAUUUUUCCCUUUCUCUAUUGUUGUUUUGAUCUUGGAACUUUGAGAGUGUUAGUAAUUAAAGUCAAUUUCACUAAUUGA